AUGUAUUACCACCACAACACCGAUCAACAAGACAUGCAGCAACAUCACAUAUGGCAAGAGGCUGCAGCUCCUUUGUGGGUCAACACCUCUCUUCCUUCCAACGGCACCACAACCACCACCCCUGUGCAACAAGCUUUAUCAACACCACUCACUGCACCAUCCAGCUCAACCGAUGAUAGCAUUGUAUUUGGCCCUACCAUGACCACUGUAGCUGCUACCAGUAAAACGACUGCCACGAUGCCUAUAUCUCCUACGGCAUACACAACUCCAUCUUCAAUACCAUCGCUCCCUAACCCACCUGCAUCUCAAGCCGCUACGGGAGGGCCUUGGUACGAUUUUAUGUCUCCAGAGCCCUUAUCAUUUGAUGAUACUUUACGUGAUUGCAUCAACAUGCUAUCUUGCCGUAAAGGUUCAUUCGAUUUUGCACAAUUUCAACAAGCACAGAUUAAACAAGAGCCAUUACUGAGCCCAGGGGUAUCACAACAUGUGGACGAUAAUGUGAUUGUAGCAUCAAGUCUCAGUGAGCCAUUGACGACGCCAGCAAGAGAACAACAGUAUCAUCAUCAUUCAUCGGCUUCACCAUCACCACCAUCAUCACAUCAUCAUCAAUGUCAACAUCAUCAUCAUCAACAACAGCAGCAACAGCAAAUAGGCUAUACACAACAACAACAACCUGAAGCAGUCGGUGUGCUAGAGCAUCCACCAUCACUACCUUAUAGACAUCCGCCUAACAACAUGCCACCUACAUGGCUUCCGGAAGUGCAAAUGGAUCAAGAUGCAAUGCCACGAAGGCAAAAGCCACGCUACAAAGACGACGAAUAUAGCCCAAAGUGGGUACGCUACUCUGGGCAUCUUAAAGAAGGCUAUUGCGAUACUUGUGUUGAAGGCCGAUGGCUUCAAUUGAAAAACAGCGCGUAUUGGUACCACAAGCAGUUUUAUCAUGGCAUCUCCUCUGUUUCUGGAAAGCACUUUGCAGAACCACUAGAGCAAAGGCUCAACGCUGAAGGUGUCAUUGAAGGUCUUUGUCAUCAAUGCGAGACGUAUGUACCCAUUUGUAACAGUAAACGACGCCGUAACAACAUCUUAUGGUACAAACAUGCCCACAAGUGCCAUGUGUACAACAAGCCUGAAAAGUACAAUAACGUAUCUAUUUACUGA